UCUCCGGUUGCUGAAGCGACGGAGACGCCUGCUCUGAGUUCCCUGAAACGUUUGCAAUCGGACAAUGUUGAUGAAUUGAACUCCCGGCAACAUACAGUCCGUCUGUGACCAGCAGGGAGUCAGACGGUGUCUUGAAUUUUCAUUCGCAAGGCGACCGCAGCAAGUCGCCUCACUCCAGAGUACUUUACCCAUCACUGGACCAACUCAGAGCCAAGAUGGCCCAAUCUUCACCAGCAGAUGAAGGCCCUACGUUUGAACACCUAUGGAGUAGUUUAGAACCAGACAGUACUUACUUUGAUAUCCCACAAACCAACCUUUCUGGCAGCAAUGAGGCUGUGCCACAGAAUCGAACCGAGGUUUGCAUGGACGUGUUUCAUAUGAGGGAUAUGAAUGAAUCCGUGAUGUCCCAGUUUAAUUUGCUAAACAGCAGCAUGGAUCAGAGUAUCACCAACCGUGCAUCCUCCGCCAGCCCUUACAACUCGGAGCACGCCUCGAAUGUCCCAACACCGUCUCCCUACUCACAGCCAAGCUCCACGUUUGAUACUAUGUCGCCUGCUCCAGCAAUCCCUUCCAACACAGACUAUCCAGGACCACAUUUAUUCGAAGUCACUUUUCAGCAAUCAAGUACUGCUAAGUCAGCUACCUGGACCUAUUCUCCACUGCUGAAGAAACUUUACUGUCAGAUUGCAAAGACAUGUCCAAUCCAGGUGAAACUGACCUCGCCACCACCUCCCGGCAGUGUGGUGCGAGCAAUGCCUGUCUACAAGAAGGCUGAACAUGUGACUGAAGUGGUAAAACGCUGUCCCAAUCAUGAGCUUGGCAGAGACUUCAAUGAUGGCCAGGCUGCUCCAGCGAGUCACCUGAUCAGGGUGGAAGGAAACAACCUUGCUCAGUACAUUGAUGACGCUGUCACUGGACGGCAGAGCGUCUUGGUGCCAUUCGAGCCUCCACAGGUAGGAACAGAGUUCACUACAAUCCUCUACAACUUCAUGUGUAACAGUAGCUGUGUGGGUGGAAUGAAUCGACGACCCAUCCUCAUCAUCAUCACCUUGGAAACAAGAGAUGGUCAGGUUCUUGGACGCCGGUCAUUUGAAGGUCGAAUCUGUGCCUGCCCAGGAAGAGAUCGGAAAGCAGAUGAGGAUCAUUACCGUGAGCAGCAAGCUAUCAACGAGAGUGCAGCAAAAAAUGGAAAUGGUAACAAACGCACCUUCAAACAGACACCACAGGGAGUCCAGGGGCCCAACGCAGGCAUCAAAAAGAGGAGACAUGGAGAUGAGGAGUUCUUCUAUGUACCUGUACGAGGCCGAGAGAAUUUUGAAAUCCUCAUGAAGAUCAAGGAGAGCCUGGAGCUGAUGGAAUUGGUACCUCAGCAACUUAUCGACUCAUAUCGUCAGCAGCAACAGCAACUGCUACAGCGCCAACAGCAGGCUUCAUCUUCCUAUGGCGCAGUGAUACCGCCCACAAACAAGGUACCCAACAUGAUGAACAAACUGCCCUCUGUGAACCAACUAGUGGGACAGCCUUCCCAGCACAGCCCAAGUACCUCAGCCAACCUUGGACAUAUGGGCCCAACUAUAAUGAACAACCACCACCAUCAUCACCAUCAUCAUAUACCAACCAAUGGUAAUGUGAAUGGAGGAAAUUCCUCACAGUCAGCAGGCAUGGGACCAACUUCACACUGCACUCCUCCCCCACCGUACGCUGCAGACCCAGCUCUUGUCAGUUUUUUAACAGGUCUGGGCUGUCCUAACUGUCUGGAAUAUUUCACCUCACAAGGGCUGCAGACUAUGUACCACUUGCAGAACCUUUCCUUGGAGGAUCUGGGAGCACUAAAGAUUCCAGAACAGUAUCGUCUUCUGAUUUGGAGAGGGCUUCAGGAGUUCAAACAGGGGCAUGACUAUAGCUCACAGCAACUGAUCAGGUCCAGCAACAACACCGGCACAAUCAGUGGGGAGCUGCAGCGCCAGCGGGUGAUGGAAGCUGUCCACUUCCGAGUGCGUCACACUAUCACCAUUCCCAACCGGGGGGAUGACUGGGGAGACUUUGGUUUCGACGUACCCGACUGCAAGACGCGGAAACAGCCAAUCAAAGAAGAGUUUACCGAGAGUGAGCUUAAUUAAGGACAGAAAAGGGAAAAGCAGAACACAGAGAAACCCUGCAGUUUUUCAUCUUGCUAAAAGCACUGACUAUUGUAGAAUAAGCUGAGAGAAAUUAGAGUGUAUGCUCUAACCGACCAUACUUGCUGUAGUGCUCCAAACAUUGUCCCUGGUGGGUUCAUACCCAGGCACAUUGAAUAUUUUCUUUGCAAAACAAAGGGGCUUGGAGAGCAAUCAAACAUGGAUCAUGGGGUCACCCCAUCACCAUUCUUCUUGUAGCUAAUCUGAAUGCUACCUGUUUGUCUUCUUUCUUUGUCCUUUGCCUCCAUAUCACCAUUUCCAAUCAGGAGGAUAGAUCCCCAGAAGUGCUAUGCUUCCCAAUCACCACCCCACAUUUGCUGCACACCAUCAAUCCAUGAAUACGGGUCUAUGGAGCUUCUUGGGCAAUCAAAGUGUAGCAUCUCUUACAUUCCUCCUGACCCCAUUCUUAUGGUCUGUCCAUCUCUUGUGUGUGUCUCUCAUUCACUUUCUGCUGGACUGCCAAAAAUAUUUCUAAACAUUCAACAUUUGUCAGUUCACUGUAGAGACUGCAGGAGGGGCUGGGUUUGCUACUCCUCAAUUUAUUUAUAUACUUGGAGACUUCCACAGUUGACAUGAUUUUUUUUCUCCUAGUGUUAAAGAAAAUGUUUGAUUAUGUAAACAAAAUGUGUGUUGAAAUAUUACAGUCACUGGGAACAGAAAGUGCAUUAGCCACAGUACAGUUCUCCCCUUCCUCAUCCAGUUCUGGUCCUUAUGCACAUGAAAAUUCUCUCAGAGAUACCUUGGGGAAGUGGGGUAGAAGAGAGGAUAGAAGUGGGAGGAGUGGGGAGAAACAUAUAUUUUAAGUGUACUGUUAAAACCAAGUGACAUCUGUGUCCUGGGAGGGAGGGGAGGAGUUUAAUGGCUCCCUGGAUUAGGGCAGUGUCCUAACAACUCUGGGAGUUAAAUAAAAACUGGAAAUAUGAAAAAAAAAUGCUGGAUAUAUACAGCAGCCCCAUCAGCAUUUAUUAAGAGAUAAGACAGAUUAAUGUUUCACAUGUGGAACUAGAAGCUGGAAUAUAAGCAACCCCUUUAAACAUGUUCCAAAGAGUUCAAUAUUUCUCAAGUAUUUGUUGUGCUUCCUUUUGCCAAAAUAUACACCCAUUGAGCGGAAUCUUGUGCCCUCCCCCAUGGCAAAUUUGGUGGCGAGGGAGUAUUUAAUUGGACAGAAGGGUGGUGGGUGGGGACCCUGCCACCUUCCUGCCUCCAUCCCUAUUAAGUCCAUGAUGGGAAGGUCCAUGGAUGGCCUACCCACCCCACUGCCAAGUGAGACUCUUAAGUGUCCAAUUUUGCCCACUUAAGAGCCUCAUCCCUCCGUCGCUGGUGUUAACCAGUGGGCAGAGGGCUAGCCAUGCAGGAAGCUUAACAAGCAUUCGUGUUCAAAGACACUCAGUGCCUGAUCGGGGGAUCCGGCAUCAGGGUGGGGGGUGCCGCUGAAAGCCACCCCGUGCCCUUGCUGCCGAGCACCCUCCACCCCCUACCCCGUGACCCCUUCCCGCCAUCGCUCUUGGGUCCACCCACGAUACUAGGUCUUGGGUGGAUGCCAUGUCCAGUGGCGCUGUCAUUCAAUAGAGUUACCAACCUCUGAUUGGCCAGCAGUUCUUGGUGGACUGGGCUUCUGCCCCCAAGUUCCAUGAUCCCAGGUGAAGGCGCACCACUGGUCUGUUAAAUGCCUCACUGGCAGAAGAUGCAGUGGAACUUCUCAAAAAGAGGUAUCGCAUGGGUCUUGCUGGCUCUUCAGCUGGUGGCUGAUAACCCUGUCGCUUCCACAAGAUUUUCCGCCCAUUGUUUCUAAUUGUUAUAGGAUUUCUACAUCACUUCAGUCUACAACAGCAAAGUGUAUUAUAUAUAGUGUUAAACUCAAUACAAUCCAGUUAUAUUAAGGGGCUCACUAAUCUUCCAGUUCCUGCAUUGCAUCUACUGUACAUCCAAAAGGUUAAUGUCUUUCCUCCUCUCUUCUCACCUCUUUGGCAGGAGUUUAAAUUGAACCAGAUUAAUGGAGUGACAGCCCCCAGCCCCCCCACCAACCAAGUUUUUAGGGACCCACAGGAAUGGUUUAAGCAGAACUCACCCAGUUAACUCUUGACUCAACCCACUGCAAAAAGUCAAUGGAAUGGGAAAUUGGGCAGAGGGUAAGACAGGCUGUUUAUUUUGCAAUUGCUUGUUUAGUGCUACUGACCAAGAGGAAUUUCUAUUUCAUUGUGUUCUGUUGUACCCUGAGCUAACCUUUAAACUCUGCAUCCAAUCCAUCCUCCAACACGGCUUAGUUCCCCCUGCAUGAUGUUGCCUGCCUUAUCUUUCCUUUAUGUUGCUGAAAUUCUUAUUCAUUCCUUUCUUACCUCCACUGUGAGCUCCGCCAGGUCCCCUUCGAGAACCACUAAGCUCCACCCUAUACAAAGCCCAGACCACUGCCACCUGCAUCCUAUCCCCAAAUUAAAUUCUGAUCAUCUAUGACCCCUGUCCUCAGCAGGCUUGUUAUUGCCUUAAGCACUAUUUCAAAUCCCUACCCAUUAAGACCAUAAGACAUAGGAGCAGAAAUUAGGCCAUUCUGCCCAUCGAGUCUGCUUCACCAUUCAAUCAUGGCCGAUAAGUUUCUCAACUCCAUUCUCCUGCCUUCUCCCCAGUUCAUCAUACCUCUGGACUUCAAAAUCUCAACCUAAGCCAAUGUGUAUCGCAUUGGGCCAGUCUUCAGUUGCCUCCAUAACUCUUCUCUAAAGCCCUGCUCAGUGUUUAGUAAAGUACCUUGCGACAUUCUAUUAAGCUAUGUACUGGUAUAAAUGUGAGUGGUUGUUGUUGUUUAGCGGGGGAAUGGUGAGGAUUGCCCUUAACAUGUCAGCAAUAAGGUUAUUGAUUUAACUGGAAACUUCAUCAUGUACUCAAGAAACACAAACACUUCAUCUCAUCCUUAGUUCUGAUCCAACCCCUGCACAUACACAUUUAUUCCAUUACAUCAUUCACUCUUAUAUUUGCUAUCAAUCAGAAAAAAUACAAAGGCUUUGUAAUACCCCAAAGCAUCCACUGAGUUCCCAGGAUAAUUAGCUAUUCCCUGCAUGGCUAAAUCAUCUCCACCCUAAAUGUUUUUCUUAGAUUGAAAAUUCUGCAAGCUCUACAUAAGGGAAGCUCAGAAGGGCAGAACCCACUGAAUGGCGAGUUUGGCAUGCGCUGGGAGAGGCAGCACCAAUACCAGCUAAUGGCAGCUCUCUAGUGCACUCUAUGGACAGACUGCAUAGUUGCAUGAUGUUUAAGGAUGGACGAAGGGAAUCACUGCCUAUAGCAGACAUGGGAAUACUGGGAAUUGUAAUCUUAUGCAUACAAGAGGAUACCGUGACUUAUAAUGAUAUAAGAUAGAAAUGCUUUGAAUAAUGGAAUAGAAUGGAAGAUUGCUGUGUCUGAAGAUUGGCAUUGUAGAACAAGCAAAAAGACUCAAUGUGUUGUUUGACCGUCUACUAAUUACCUACCACCACCCCUGACCCUUUCCUUCCCCUCCAUUCCAGCCCCAUUUUCCAGGUCCAUUCAUUUCAGGUAUUUUGAUGCAUGCUAGAUUGUUUUUUUAACUGAAAUUCUUUAACCGCUGGCUCUUCAGUGGAACUUUACGCAAGUUCCCUCUGAAAGCGAGAAGUUCCAUUUUUUUUAAACUGUGUGUGUGUAUAUACAUAUAUAUUUUUUCUUUUCUGAUGUAUUGUGCAGUGUACACACCUUGCAGGGCAAGGGAAUUCUACCCCUUUGUUGUAUUAUCUAAUGAGUAAAAUAGUCCUCUAACGAUCUGUGGCAGGUGCGGAAUCGAGUUUUAUAGCAUUAGGACUGCGGCAUUACAGCUAGAACCAGCAGCUAUUGCUUUUGUCCUGUUGUAGAAAAGACUGAGCUCCUGGAAGAGUAUUCAGAGAGAAGAUGAAACAAAGGGCAAACAAUGGAUGCUGGAAAUAUAACCGAAAGGUGCUGGAAGUGCACAGUGAGUUAGCGGAUGCCUGAAGGGAGGAAGACGGGUGAACAUCGAUCAGGUUUUCUUGUCUCUUUCAGGAGUUGACCAAGAUGCUGUGUAUUUCCAGCCGUUUCCAUUUUCAGAAGUGGGCAGCCCAAUCCAAUGCCUGAGAGGGAGGGAGGGAGAGAGAGAACAAUCAGAGUUUAGGAAUAGCAUCUUGGCUCAAGUUCUGAUCUUUGCUACCAUGUAAAAUUCAUUCAAAACCUUUAGUAGCUGAUUGAUGCUUCCACAUCACUGGAUACAAGUGUAAAGACCAUAAGACAUAGGAGCAGAAAUUAGGCCAUUCGGCCCAUCGAGUCUGCUCCGCCAUUCAAUCAUGGCUGAUAAGUUUCUCAACCCUAUUCUCCCGCCUUCUCCCCGUAACCUUUGA